GGAGCCGCGGGGCGCAGCGCUGUGGGGUCCCGGCCGGGCACCUUGGACCCUCCAGCCCAACCUGGGCUCCUGCGCGGCCCUGACGCAGACCCUCCGCAGGACCUGGAGCAGUACGCCGCCAGCUACAGCGGCCUGAUGCGCAUCGAGCGGCUGCAGUUCAUCGCUGACCACUGCCCCCCGCUGCGGGUGGAGGCCCUGAAGAUGGCCCUGUCCUUCGUGCAGAGGACCUUCAACGUGGACGUGUACGAGGAGAUCCACCGGAAGCUCUCGGAGGCCACCAGGUGAGCCGGGGCCUCGGAGGAGGGGCCGCCUGGCUGGGACACGGCCUGGGUGGAGGCCACGCGGAAGAAGGCGCUGCUGAAGCUGGAGAAGCUGGACACGGACCUGAAGAACUACAAGGGCAACUCCAUCAAGGAGAGCAUCAGGCGCGGCCACGACGACCUGGGCGACCACUACCUCGACUGUGGGGACCUCAGCAAUGCCCUCAAGUGUUACUCCCGGGCCCGGGACUACUGCACCAGCGCCAAGCACGUCAUCAACAUGUGCCUCAACGUCAUCAAGGUCAGCGUCUACUUGCAGAAUUGGUCUCACGUGCUGAGCUACGUCAGCAAGGCCGAGUCCACUCCCGAGAUUGCAGAGCAGCGAGGGGAGCGGGACAGCCAGACCCAGGCCAUCCUCACCAAGCUGAAGUCAGCAUUCGGAGUGGGUGGGGGGGACCGCCCUGGCUCUGGGCUUUCCUGCCUUUUGUCCAGACGGGCAGUGACCCCCGUCCCUGCCCCUCAGCUGCUGUCCCCCAGCAACGUGGCCGUGUACGGCGGCCUCUGCGCCUUGGCCACCUUCGACCGGCAGGAGCUGCAACGCAACGUCAUCUCCAGCAGCUCUUUCAAGCUGUUCCUGGAGCUGGAGCCCCAGGUCCGGGACAUCAUCUUCAAGUUCUACGAGUCCAAGUACGCCUCGUGCCUAAAGAUGCUGGACGAGAUGAAGGACAACCUGCUCUUGGACAUGUACCUGGCCCCCCACGUCAGGACCCUGUACACCCAGAUCCGCAACCGCGCCCUCAUCCAGUAUUUCAGCCCCUACGUGUCAGCCGACAUGCGCCGGAUGGCCACUGCCUUCAACACCACGGUGGCUGCGCUGGAGGACGAGCUGACCCAGCUCAUCCUGGAGGGGCUCAUCAACGCCCGCAUCGACUCCCACAGCAAGAUCCUCUACGCGCGCGACGUGGACCAGCGCAGCACCACCUUCGAGAAGUCCCUGCUCAUGGGCAAGGAGUUCCAGCGCCGUGCCAAAGCCAUGAUCCUGCGGGCAGCUGUGCUGCGCAACCAGAUCCACGUCAAGUCCCCUCCCCGAGAAGGGAGCCAGGGGGAGCUGACACCGGCCAACAGCCAGUCCCGGAUGAGCACCAACAUGUGAGGGUGCCUGCCGGGCCCUCCAGGAGGCUCUGCACACCCUGCCCCCAGCCCCAGCACUUCUGGAGGAGCCGCCGGGUUUCUGCCCUCGGCCCCCUGCCUGGACGCCUGUGUGCUUGCCCCACGGAGGAGGGGUGUCUGGAAGGCGAGGCCUCAGGGCCUCCUGCUCUCACAUGUGGGGUUGCAGAUCGUUGUGAACCUUAGUCCAUUAAAAGCAGCCUCCCCUGAACUGUU